AUGGCAACCCAGCUAGAAAUGGAUUUCUCUGUCCUGAAUCCCCAUCUGUACAAAGACCCUUCUGACCGACUGCCUCGAACCUGGUGCAACGAUUGGGAGAAUUUUCCAUCAAGCAGGCGUCUAUUCCCCCUUGUCAAUGGCCGAAUCUCUGCAAGUGUUGACAUUGAACUUCUUCAUCAUAUCUCUGGCAAAAUCUAUGUCAUCAUGUUCCAUGGUCUGUCGGAUGAAGCUGUCAUCAGGAUCAGCACCUGGUAUUUCAUGUACAACUUUGAAAUGGAAAUACUCCUGGAAUUUAUUGAUACAUAUCCAAUGCUGGACGCCUUUUUGGAUUUGGCGAGGCAAUGGGGCAGUCUGGCUUGUCAGACAUAUACUGAAUUGACCCCUUUUGUGGAAAGGGAGGUGGGUGGGAUGCCAGAUAAUUAUUAUGACGAGGUUAAGAGAUGGAAAGAAGAGGUGAAGAAGGCUAGAGCUGCACAAGCGUUGAUGAGUUCUUGCCAAUCAUGUUACCUAUAA